GAGACUCAGACACUUUGAGAAGGUUUGUGGAGACUGUGAGACACAAUUACACAGUUCUCUGCGGAGCUGAUGGGACAUGCUUUUUAUUUCUAACAAUAAGAGAGGAGAAAAGAGAAGGCCAAGUGGAGGGUGAAGCUUAGAGGUCACUGUUCUAUCUUUGACCUGUGAAAAGAGUUUCCUGACCAAACCGAAACAGAACAGCAUCUUCUCUUCCCUGACCACUGCAGCCAUCAAAGCCACUCUGCUACUCUUUGGAUAACUUAUACGAGGACGGGAGGAAGAGACACCAGAGAGAGUCUCUUCACAUCGGGGAUCACAGUGGCUUCCUUUACUCUGAAAUAAGUUUUUUCUAAGGGGAGCAAUGUGCCAAGGGUUCUGUUUCCCUGUGGUCCUGGGUGCUGUGCUGGUGAUGUUGACAGCUGGCAGCACGGGACAGAACCAGGACAGAGGCCAGCCAAGACCGUCCUGCUUCGGAGGGUUUGACCUGUACUUUGUCUUGGACAAAUCCGGGAGUGUUCAGCAUCACUGGGAGGAAAUCUAUCACUUUGUCGAGCAUCUGGCUCACAAGUUCAUAAGUCCACAGCUGCGCAUGUCCUUCAUCGUGUUCUCCACAGAAGGUCGGAUCCUCAUGAGAAUCACAGAGGACAGGGAGCGUAUUCGACAGGGCCUCGAGGACCUCUAUAUGGUUCGUCCGGGCGGAGACACCUUCAUGCACGAGGGCAUCCAGAGGGCCAGCGAGCAGAUCUACCAUGGAAACUCUGAAGGCUACCGCACCGCCAGUGUCAUCAUCGCUCUCACGGAUGGAGAGCUGCAUGAGGACCUCUUCUACUAUGCAGAGAGAGAGGCCAACCGCUCGCGCAGUCUGGGGGCCACGGUGUACUGUGUAGGGGUGAAGGACUUCAACGAGACACAGCUCGCGAAGAUUGCCGACAGCAAGGACCAUGUCUUCCCUGUCAAUGAUGGCUUUGAAGCGCUGCAGGGGGUCAUUGAUUCGAUCCUAAGGAAGUCCUGCACUGAGAUCCUUGCAGCCGAGCCCUCCAGUAUCUGUGCAGGAGAGUCUUUCCAUGUGGUGGUGAAAGGGAACGGCUUCCUUCACGCCCGGAACGUCGACAAGGUCCUCUGCAGCUUCCGAAUCAACGACACCCUCACAAAGAUGGUGAAGCCCCUGGUGGUGGAGGACACGUAUCUCCUAUGUCCCGCUCCCGUCCUGAACGAAGAGGGCAUGGCGGCCAGCCUCUACGUCAGCAUGAACGAAGGCCUCAGCUUCAUCUCCAGCUCAGUCACCAUCACUACAGUGGGCUGUUCUGAUGGGACCAUCCUGGCCAUAGCUCUGCUCAUCCUGAUGCUGCUGCUGGUCCUGGCCCUUCUCUGGUGGUUCUGGCCUCUGUGCUGCACUGUGAUCAUCCAUGAGCCCCCACCUCCAGUGAUAGAAGACAGCUCGGAUGAAGAGGAGGACGGGGGGCCUAAGAAAAGGUGGCCCACGGUGGACGCCUCCUACUACGGGGGCAGGGGCGUGGGGGGCAUCAAGAGGAUGGAGGUGCGCUGGGGGGAGAAGGGCUCCACUGAGGAAGGGGCCAAGCUGGAGAAGGCUAAGAACGCCAAGGUGAAGAUGCCUGAGCAGGACGACGCUCAGCCCACCGUGCGGGUGCUCAACAACGGCAUGCGGAAACCCCACGGCCCUCACAAGUGGUACUCCCCCAUCAAGGGCAAACUGGACGCCCUGUGGGUGCUGCUGAGGAGAGGCUACGACCGCGUGUCGCUGAUGAGACCACACCCAGGGGACAAGGGUCGAUGCAUGAACUUCACCAGGGUCCCUUCCAGUCCUCCUCCACGCUACCCAAACUACAACCAUCAUCCAUCCCUUACCUACAACCCAUCCAGAGCCUGCAGUCCUCCCACGCCCCCCUGCAGCCCUCCUUCCUCCCCCUCUCCCUCCUCCACCCUGCCCCCACUGCCCUCGACCCUGCCUCCUCUCUUCACCUCGCCAUCUCCCCCCAUCACACCCCCUCCUUACACCCCCCCUCCGACUCGGGCUCUCCCGCCGGCCGCUCUGUGCAUAGCUCCUCCCCCGGUAUCCCCGCCCAGCCCCCCUCCCCCCGCCUCCCCCACCGGCUCGCUGCCCCCGCCCCCGCAGGGACCUCCUCCAGGGAGAGCCCCGCCCCCGUCUCGCCGGCCGCCACGCCCCUCUCUGUGAGCCCAGCCAAUGAGGGGGGAGAGAGGGACACGGGGGGCCGGGAAUGCAUAUAACUCUAAAAGGUGAUGUCCCAGAGACACGCUGCCUCCCCUCAGCCUGCCUGGCUGGAUAUGAGAGUGGCUGAGACACCUGUGAUUUACCCGUACGUGGAUGAACGUUAUACCGACUCGUUUCUCACAGAUAUUUGUCUACAGGGGCUCGCGUACACAUCUAGCCCAACAGCACAACGAUAGGUCAAGCUUGAAGUUAUAGACUGCAACUGCUGGAGCUGUCCCCUGGGACGCUGAACACAAACGGCCUUGCGCCCUCUACUGGACGGGGGUGACAAGGCGAGGCCGAGGCUUCAGACUGUUGCUUUUGUUUACCAAACGAACCGACUCUCUUGAGGAGGGGCUCAGUUGGGAUCACGUGAGAAAAUGUUGAGAUUACAGGAAAUGAAUUUCCAGAGCAAACACAAGUUGCUCUCCUUGUUUGGACCAUCGCUCUGUUCAGGACCUAGACUAGGCCGGAUGGGAUACUUUAGGGACAAGUAGGUCUACUCUUUACUCAUCAGUUUAUAGCUUUUCCAUCCUUAUGAAUCAGGUUGAUGCGAAUCACAAGCUGUGUUGUUUAAACCAAGCUAAUGUUUCUGUCACUGUUUACAAGAUUUGGACGUUUCUUUGUUUAAGUGAUAUCUCAUUGAACUCCAAGGGGUUUUAGCAAUAUUUUCAUGCAUGUGACGGUGUUUCACUUUGUUUGAUAGCCAUCUUAGUUCAUUGCGUAAAAAUGUUUAUACAUUUAAUACCGGUGUGAAUUUUGAUACAUUGAAAAAUGUGUUAUGUUUUUGUGCCUAACUAUGUUGUAUUUGCAUUAGAGAUUGAUUGUUGGAGUGAGCGAGUUAUUCUUUGCAAAUAAAUACAUGUAUCGUAUGUUAAUAUUGUGUUUAAGUGUUGCACAGAUUCUGUGUUCUAAGUAAUUUUAUACGUGACCUGCACUUUCACCUCAUCAGAGACCUGUGUGUGAGAUAAGCGUCGUAAGACCAAGUUGCAUUCGACUUUGUCUAGAGAGUAACACAUUUAAUUUCACAGAGUAUGUAAAUGCAGCGACAGAGUUACAGUUCUUUCCAUUGAAAUUGUUUCAACCCUUUGAAAACUGGAGUGCCACAGGGUUGAGUGAGUUCACAGUGGCAUUAAUCAUAUACUGCUGCGGAGAGCCUGCUGCAGAGUGACUAUGUCGCUAGCAGUGCACGCGGGCUGUCUCAC